UCACUGUUAUUUGUAGGAAUGAAAGACCUCAUCAUGACCCUAGAAACCCAGCUUGUAGAAUUUGCCUGGUGUAUCAAGGAAGCAAACCGAAUACCAUUUCUUAACAAAAAUAGAUCUUUUAAAGGAAAUUUUAGAUUGAAUACAGGGAGAGCCAUGAUCGAAAGACUUGGCUCUCAACAAGAGUUGAGCUUAAAAAAUUGGGAUUAUUGAGAUUUUGUUGUGUAGGCCUUAGAAAACAGGAUUUAGUCAAGUCCAACCCUGAAGCCAUGCAUUAAGCUUACUUAUUCAUUUUUCAUUUUAUUUUCCCCAUUUCCACAGUGUGGGUUCCAUGACAGGUACUGCCACUGAGGAAAGAUAUUUGUGAUAUGACCUUAUGAUUCGUCAAAAACAUGUCACCAUAUAUAUGUCUUUGUUUUUUAGUUCUGUGCUGCAGAGGUGGGAUCUGGUAACACUUCCUCAUUGAUGUUUGCAAUGCAGAUAAAGAGAAUCUGGUGAAAUAGAACCUGUCUUCGCCUCACACCAUUUAUGCUCUCUGUGAUGAGGAGUGUUGCCAACAUUCAGGUAUAAAUGGAGAGUGGUGCAAGCAGUGGCAAUGGGCGACAUCCUGAAGGCAUGAAGGAAUCCUGGUUUAGCCAAUUCCGGAACAGUCCAAACCCUUGGAUGGCUAGAUAUGUAUAUGGUUUGAUGUUCCUCAUUACUAAUCUACUAGCAUGGGCCGUUCGGGAUUAUGGCCGUGGUGCCCUGACAGAGAUGGAGAGACUACAAGGGUGCAAGGGUGUGCGAGAUUGUUUGGGAGCAGAAGGAGUUCUGCGCGUUAGCCUGGGAUGUUUUACUUUCUAUUUCAUAAUGUUUCUUUCAACAGCUGGUACAUCCAAGUUGCACAAGCCUAGAGAAUUGUGGCAUUCUGGUUGGUGGUCUGCAAAGAUUAUCUUGUGGGUUGCCUUAAUGAUGCUCCCCUUCUUGGUUCCUUCUGCUUUUAUUCAGCUCUAUGGGGAGAUUGCACAUUUCGGUGCCGGGGUCUUUCUCUUAAUUCAGCUAAUAAGCAUAAUCAGCUUCAUUAAAUGGCUGAAUGAUUGUUGUCACUCUGGCAAAUAUGCAGACAGAUGCCGUAUCCAUGUAAUGUUACUUGCAACUACUGCAUAUGUCAUAUGCAUAAUGGGGAUCAUCUUGAUGUACAUUUGGUACGUACCAGAGCCGUCUUGCCUCCUUAACAUUUUCUUCAUCACCUGGACACUAGUGCUCCUCCAGCUCAUGACUAGUGUCUCUCUCCACCCAAAGGUAGAUGAAAGUUUCUUGACUCCAGGGCUUAUGGGCCUGUAUGUUGUGUUCCUCUGCUGGUGUGCUAUUAGAAGUGAACCACCAGAGGACAGAUGCAACCAGAAGGUGGAAUCAGCGACCAAAGCAGAUUGGCUUACCAUCAUAAGCUUUAUUGUUGCGCUGCUUGCCAUGGUCAUUGCAACAUUUUCAACAGGCAUUGAUUCCAAAUGCUUUCAGUUCAGGAAGGAUGACACACAAGCCGAAGAUGAUGUUCCCUAUGGUUAUGGCUUCUUCCACUUUGUUUUUGCCACCGGAGCCAUGUAUUUUUCAAUGCUAUUGAUUGGUUGGAAUACUCAUCAUUCCAUAAGAAAGUGGACAAUUGAUGUUGGCUGGACGAGUACUUGGGUUAGAAUAGUGAACGAAUGGCUGGCAGCCUGUGUAUACCUAUGGAUGCUUGUGGCUCCGAUCAUAUGGAAAAGCAGACAAACAGGCGAAUCUACAUGACCAUUUCAAAAUAUCUUUAGUACCCAAUUCAUUCGAUAGUUCUUGUGGCAGUCCUCUUCCUCGAGCAGAUGGUGGAAGAAGAGGCCGCGUCUGCACACGCACAAGAAUUUUAGCAGCAGCAACUAGACCUUUGGUGACCUGAUUCAUUUCAUUUCUAAAUGAAACAAAAUAUAUAGUCCUCCAAGCCCAGCAUCAGUUAAACAAAAGAAAGAAAGAAAGUAUAUCCAGUUCUCUAAAUUUUCCAUUAAUUGCAGCAUACCAUCUGUAGAUAUAUUUACGAGCAUGGCAGGGCGAAGAUUUUGUGAUUUCAUAACCAUCAAUGGAAUAACAGUUUCUGGGUUGAACUAAUAUUCAAUUGUGCACUCUACCUGGUACGGCCAUUGAUGUUUCUUCAAGGUCCACUGCUUAGAUUUAAACGUUUGAUUCAUAAUUCAAAUGUGUGAUUUUGCCUCUUA